AUGCCACAGAAGUCGGUUAAGGGUCGAGUAAUUGCCGAUCUAUUGGCCGGAAAUUCACGAGUCUAUAAUGACGAUGACGUUUGGGCGGUUACGAUAUCCCCAGAUGGACAGCACUAUCCGGUAGCUGCAAAAUUGAUAUUCCCAUGCACUAACAAUGUGGCCGAGUAUGAGGCUUGCAUCCUCGGACUUCAAGCUGCGAUCGAGAUGUGUGUGGCCAAGUUAAUGGUAUUUGGAGAUUCGGCACUGAUCAUAUUACAGACUGUAGGUGAGUGGAAGACUAAGGAUGCCAAGUUGCUCCCGUACCACAAGUACUUAGAAGAUCUGGUAAAGGAGUUUGACGAAAUUUCAUUUGAAUACUUGCCAAGGUCUCAUAAUCAAUUUGCGGAUGCACUCGCGACUUUGUCAUCUAUGUUGCAAGUCACUGACGGGUUAGAGGUUGAGCCUUUGAAGAUAGAGGUUUUGCCAAAGCCGGCUUAUUGUAUGAUUGUGACUGGAGAACCCGAUGGAAAACCAUGGUAUUACGAUAUCAUGAAUUACAUUAAAAGACAUGAAUUUCCCGAAGGAAGCACUCAGGCUGAUAGAAAAUACAUCACGAAGAUGGCUUCGAAAUUUUUCGUUAGUGGUGAAAAUUUGUAUAAGAGAUCUUACGACUCUGUUUUGUUGCGAUGUUACUAUUGGCUCACACUAGAAAGUGACUGCAUCAAACAUGUACGGAGUUGUCAUCGUUGCCAAAUCCAUGGUGAUAAGAUAAAUGUUCCUCCAACCGAGCUACAUCAGUUCUCCGAGCCAUGGCCCUUCUCAAUGUGGGGCAUUGAUGUGAUCGGCCCAAUAAACCCGAAGGCUUCCAAUGGGCACCGAUUCAUUUUAGUGGCCAUAGAUUAUUUCUCCAAAUGGAUCGAAGCUACGUCAUUUGCAAGUGUCACUGCUCGCAAUGUUGCAAAGUUCAUCAGACGUGACAUAAUUGCUCGCUAUGGUGUCCCUGAAACAAUCAUCACUGACAACGGAACAAAUUUGAACAACAAGCUUGUUGAUGAGUUGUUUAGCGAGUUCAAGAUCAAGCAUCUGAAUUCGUCCCCUUAUCGCCCUCAAAUGAACGGGGCUGUUACCCUUCGCAUUAAUGGCGUAUCGGACAUCGAUCCGCACUUCCACUGGGGCAACCCCGUUUGCUUUGGUGUACGGCAUGGAGGCAAUUCUACCUGUAGAAGUGGAGAUUCCUUCUCUGAGAGUUUUAUCUCAAGUGGAGUUGUCCAGAAGGCCGAGUGGUCGCAACAAAGACUUGAACAGUUAAACUUGAUUGAUGAGAAGAGGCGAAGGCUCUUUGUCAUGGCCAAGCUUAUCGCAAAGAGUUGCGAUCCUUCAACCGAAAAGUGCGACCGAAAUAUUUCGAGGUGA